UCUGAUCUUCCACAUCUCUCCUUACUUUUGUCCUUCAACACACAAACAUGGAAGAAGCCCUAAGAAAGUUCAACGAAUCUACCCACUCCUUCAUACCCGGUUACGAACCCGACCCGAUUCCUCUAACGAGAAUCUUUGCCAAUGAUGCAAACUCCCCGCAGGUUAAUAACACACCGUCUUCAAAGGAGGCAAUAGUGACCAUCACCGGAUCUGGCAGGACAAGGUACCGUGGCGUUCGCCGAAGGCCGUGGGGACGUUACGCGGCGGAGAUACGUGAUCCCACGUCGAAGGAGAGACGUUGGCUCGGAACGUUCGAUACGGCGGAGCAAGCCGCUUGUGCUUACGACUGUGCAGCUCGUGAGUUUCGUGGAUCUAAGGCUCGGACCAACUAUACUUAUCCUGUUACUAAUCCUGUUGCCGAGCCUAGAUUCUCAUUCUCCUCAAAGAAAUCUAUGAAGGCCGUUCGUUCUCCUAUACCGUCACCGCAGAAGAUGAACACAAAGUCUCUCUUAUGGUAUUCCUCUCACGAAACAGCGACUAACGACUCCUCCACUUCUUCUUUCUCCUUGACAAAAACGGCAAGCAUUUCCUCUUCGGCUGAUGAAAACUACACAGAGUUUUUCCCGCAAGAACAUUCUGAUUCUGGUCUCUUGCAAGAUAUCGUUCAAGAGUUCUUGAAGAAGAAACGCAACCAGCCUCCGCCGUUGAUACCACCGCCACCGCCAUCUCCACCGAUGGUUGGACAUCUUAAAAACUUCCGUGAAUUCUCCGCCAACAGUUUGUUUCAACCGAUGGUGGAGACGUCAAAAUUAGAUUGCUACGGAAACAUUAGUUAUCAAGAUGGUGACUCCGGUUUUUUUUACGGCAUGAGCUCCGUUGCAGACGGUGGUUUUACUUAUGGAUCAGACGCGUGGGGGUUAUCAUGAAAUGUGUUAGAUAUUCAUCAUUUUAGAAUAUUCUAUUAUAUAUAACUUUUUGCACUUUGGAUAUUACCUAAAGAGUUCUUAAUUUAAGUUAAACUUAGCUAUUUCCGUAGCUUUUGUCAUCUCUUAAGACUCUUGUAUCCAUGUUUUUUGUAAGCUUUACAUCCCUGUUCUUCGGAUAUUUCAGUUAUAUGAAAGCUUAAUUAUUUUGGAUAUUUCAGUUUUUAUUAUUUUGGUCUUCGUGCCUGCAUGCAUUUCCGUAUUUAAAACAUGUUUGACAGUCUAUACAGUUAUGUAUAUAUUUGCUGUUCUACAAUUACCACUAAUUAAAAAGGAUGUUUUAAGAAUAUAAAGUUACAAAUACGAUAGUUGAAGGAAAUUAAUCAUAUUGUUCCAGUCUAA